CGGAGCUUAGGCCCCGCCUUAGGGGAGGAGCCAAGAGGCGGCGCGGUGGCUUGCUACCCAGCAGAGCUGGCUCUGUCGCCGCACCACCAGCUGCGGUUCUGGGACCUGCAGACCAAGCCGGGGCCGGGAGCCGCCCGGGGCAGGGCUCGAGAGAGCGGGCCCCACCAUGAGGCCCCAGCCCCUCGGGAGCCCCCGUGCUCCCCUGGCCCCGGGUGCACCGUGCUAGCCCCAGGCAGGGCAAGGGCAGGUGCAGGGCCAUGGCCAGCCACGUGGACCUGCUCACGGAGCUGCAGCUGCUGGAGAAGGUACCUACGCUGGAGCGCCUGCGCGCAGCCCAGAAGCGCCGGGCACAGCAGCUGAAGAAGUGGGCACAGUAUGAGCAGGAACUGCUUCAUCGGAAGCGCAAGCAUGAGCGAAAGCGCAGCAGCGGUGGCCGUCGCAAAAAGGUGUCCUUUGAGGCCAGUGUGGCGCUGCUCGAGGCCUCACUGAGGAAUGAUGCGGAAGAAGUACGCUACUUCCUGAAGAACAAGGUCAGCCCUGAUUUGUGUAACGAGGAUGGACUCACAGCCUUGCACCAGUGCUGCAUUGACAACUUUGAAGAAAUCGUCAAACUGCUGCUUUCCCAUGGUGCAAAUGUGAACGCCAAGGACAAUGAGCUGUGGACACCCCUGCACGCUGCAGCCACCUGCGGCCACAUCAACCUGGUGAAGAUCCUCGUUCAGUAUGGGGCUGACUUGCUUGCUGUCAACUCUGAUGGGAACAUGCCAUAUGACCUCUGCGAGGAUGAACCCACCCUGGAUGUCAUUGAGACCUGCAUGGCAUACCAAGGCAUCACCCAGGAGAAAAUCAAUGAGAUGCGGGCAGCCCCUGAGCAGAAGAUGAUCUCAGAUAUUCACUGCAUGAUUGCAGCAGGCCAGGACCUUGACUGGAUAGAUGCCCAGGGAGCCACGCUGCUACAUAUAGCUGGGGCCCAUGGGUACCUGCGGGCAGCUGAGCUCCUCCUGGACCAUGGAGUGCGUGUGGAUGUGAAGGACUGGGAUGGCUGGGAGCCUCUGCAUGCAGCAGCCUUCUGGGGACAGAUGCCAAUGGCAGAGCUGUUAGUGUCCCAUGGAGCUAGUCUCAGUGCCAGGACAUCCAUGGAUGAGAUGCCAAUAGACCUGUGUGAGGAGGAAGAGUUCAAGGUCCUGCUGUUGGAGCUUAAACACAAGCAUGAUGUGAUCAUGAAGUCCCAGCUGAGGCACAAGUCAUCCCUGAGCCGGAGGACAUCCAGUGCAGGCAGCCGUGGGAAGGUGGUGCGUCGAGCCAGCCUGUCAGACAGAACCAACCUGUACCGGAAAGAGUAUGAAGGAGAGGCCAUCUUGUGGCAGCAGCGGAGUGCAGCAGAGGACCAGCGUACCUCCACUUACAACGGAGACAUCAGGGAGACCAGGACAGACCAGGAGAACAAAGACCCGAACCCCAGGCUGGAGAAGCCAGUGUUACUCUCAGAAUUCUCUACCAAGAUCUCUCGGGGAGAACUGGAUGGGCCUGUGGAGAAUGGCCUACGGGCUCCUGUCAGCACCUACCAGUAUGCACUGGCCAAUGGGGACAUAUGGAAGAUGCACGAGAUGCCUGACUACAGCAUGGCCUAUAGCAACCCCGGUGUGGCUGAUGUCCCCCCACCCUGGAGUGGCUUCAAGGAGCAGAGCCCCCAAACGCUCCUGGAGCUGAAGAGGCAGCGGGCCGCAGCCAAGCUACUCAGCCAUCCUUUCUUAAGCACCCACCUGGGCAGCAGCGUGGCCAGGUCAGGGGAGAGCAGCAGCGAAGGCAAGGCCCCCUUGAUCGGAGGCAGAACUUCCCCCUACAGCAGCAACGGGACCUCGGUGUAUUACACAGUCACCAGCGGAGACCCCCCGCUCUUGAAGUUUAAGGCCCCCAUGGAGGAGAUGGAGGAGAAAGUCCACGGCUGCUGCCGGAUCUCCUAGUGUCUGUGAGCUGGAGGAGAGAGCUGCCUCGGAGAGGGGGCCCCUAGAAUCCAAGCCAGCCCUGGCUGGGGAGGUGUCAAAGGGCAUCCAGGGAGAGGUGGGAGCUGCUUUGCAGAGGAAUGCUUACCUUACCUCAUGCCCAGCUGCCCAUAGCAUCUCUACUCCCCUUGUGCUGCUUUCUCGCCUCAAUGCCUGCAUCUGAAGCAUAGCAGCCCCAACUCACUCUGCAGUCUGAUUCAGGGAGGGUGGGCUUGGGAAUGUCAGUUCUGUACUUUGUAAAGGCUUCUCGGGACCAGCACUAACAUCCACCUACACACACACACACACACACGCACACACACGCACACACACACACACACACACACACACACACACACACACACAGCAGUGUGUAGGACUGUUACACCUGACUUCUCGGUGGGGCUGAGAAUUUAUAGAUAAUUCCUGGAAGAGUCUAAGAUCAUCUUGUCAUGCUAAUUGUCCAUGGGGGACAGACCUGCUUAGCUGAGACCCACAGUUCUGCAUAGAGUCAUACCAGACUGGGGCACCAUCCACACCUAACAGGGACAGGAAGUUCUCUGUGCUCAUGGGAGCCAGGAAUCAAUACGGAUUAGAUCAGUGGGUCCAGGCCUGCUCCCAACUGCCAUGCUGAGAGCCACUCUUAUGCACAUGUCAAUAGGCAGCUGUGUGAUUGUUCAAGGGCCAAGCUUGAAAACCAGGCCAUCCACUCUUAGAAGAAACCAAAUCUUGUGCUGGUCUUCUAAGGGAGCACAGGAGUUGGCUAGGGUGCCACACAGUGGUAUUUUCCAAACUGCAUUUGGAUAAAACAUUCUUUGAGGCUGUAAAAUUCCAGGUGGGAGGUAACUGAAUUUGCUGUCUCCCAAGAUAGCACCACGAUUGGGAUUUAUUGUCUGGUGCUUGAAAAUGAAUUUCACCAGGAGCUUCUGUGGGGGUCUCCCAGGGAAAGGGUGAGUGCAUUGUUGAGGACACCCUGGUUAACAUUGAUAUAACACAGCUUUGUAUUUUCCAGACUGUUUUGGUUCAGCCCAUCUCAGCCAGCCCUUCUCAGUCUGAGCCUUCACAUCGAGCAGUUGAAGCACACCACCCUCCCAACCUUACAAGGUCAAUGUGCCGAGUGAAUGCUCAGGCCUGUGACCCUCCAAGCUUUGCCUUUUCUGUAGUGCUAUGUAAGACAUGUUUUGCCAAGGGUCACUUGUUGGCUCCUGCCAGGAAGUCUCAAAGCUCCCAGCCUGCUUUUACUGGAGUGGGUUUGCCCAAAGCUAUAGACUGAGGUACACGUGGGUGCUAUCCCCAUCCUGCAUUCAGGAGAGGGAUGGCAUGGCUGGAAUUGGCUCUCAUCCCAGCUCUACAGCUUCGCUGCCCUAGUCUUCCUGACGCUGGGGAAGGAAGCUCAUACCACCUCACCAUCAUGCUCUCCCACAAACCCAUUGAAAUUGAGCAACAUACCUUGGGUCCAACACACAGGCUCCACUACAAUCUUCUGGUGUGACUAGCAAGCUACAAGUUUGUUCCUUGCUCUGUGCUCCUUUUAUUUGUCCUUAAACUACCUCCUUAGAGCCCUAAGAGGUUCCCUAAGUCUAGAUUUGGAUGUAAGGGACGGAUACCCAUGUUUUAUGGUUCCCUGUGCCACAACCUUAGCAGUGAGGCUUGCCAUUAGUUGGUCUCUGUCCCCAUUGUGGCCUUGGAACUUCAAUAGACUAGAUAUUAAUCAGGGCCUGACUAGGUCGGGGUGUUACUUUGUCAAGAUCAGGAGCAUGGACCAGAGAGUGCCCUGGAGGCUGCUGGAUGCAGAAGGAGGUGCACAAUACUAGGUCACCCCACCCCAACUCUAGGACAAAUGCAAUCUGGCAUGGUGGGACAGCACAGGAGAGAAAAGUAAGUUUCUUGAAUCCCUGGGGCCUGAGCUAGGUUCUGCAGUUCAUGGCUGCAAAGGGGAUGGUCAAAACACAUACCUGUGGCUUUAAACUAAUAUUUAGCUCUGACAGACACUGAAAUGCCUCUGGAGCUGACUUUAGCCACAAUGUGGGCAGUGCCCAGGCAGCCAGCCACAUAUUCAUAGGAGUCAGCUGCCCAGGGUUUCUGAGCUCUUUACUCAGGGGUCAGAGGGUGAAGGCAUUUAUUGCUCUCUCUGAGCCAUUCAGGGCAUUCCUCUCCAUCCCCAGCACUUCUUUCUGCCCCCUAGGCCAUUCCUGUCUACCUGAGGGAUGGGAAACUUAGCUGCCUCUUCCAUGGGAGUUAGCCUCAAACAGUGUGGACCCAUGACCAGGGAUAAACACAUGUUCCUAGUUUGGGCUCCAAGUCCCCAGGGCACUUUUCCUGUGACUGGAAUAUUGAGAGCCACAAUGAGGCAUAAGUGCAUGAGCCAGGGCCACCUACUCAUUCACUCAUGUAAUCUAUUGAGGUUCUGAGACACACCAGACAUGAUGGCAGUGUCUGCAGAUAAUGGACCAGCCAGGUAUGGAGGACUUUGAUCCCUUGAGGUUUGUAGGCAUCCCCAGAUUCAUCCAUUAUUCUGAUCAGAGUUCCUGCAUCCCAGAUCAGUUCCCCUGUGCUUUGCAGCUCCUGCAUUUCUUAGUGUGAACCUUUUAGCUAGGGUGCAACUUGAUGACCACACUGAGAUAACAUUUGCCACUAAGUGCAGAUGCUAGAUCUUGGUCCUAGACAGAUACCACAUCAGUCCGUCUAGAGCCUUCACGGGUAGCCUUUAGGCCAGCAUCCCUGGAGAACAAUAUAGCAGGCUGAGGUCAGUAUCUGGAAGAAUUAGAAGUCUACAAUUUGUUGCCAAAUGCAUCCCUAGCAUUUACAGUCAUCCCUUACUCAUUUUUGCUCAUGAAUCAUACAGUCUUCUCUCCUACCCCACCAAUGGAUACUGAGAGUGAGAUCAUCUACUUCUUUUCAUAGCAAACCUUUCCUUGUGUGCCAGCCUCUCUUCCUGGAAGGUGUGGAUCCAGGGGAUAGGGGAAGUUUGGCAAGGUUGACCAGAUGUCCUACUAUUACCAGGAACCUAUGUCUUGGUAGCCAUUCUUGGCAAACUGAAGACAUCUAUUUCUAAACCAGGUGCCCUGUAAUUCCCUGUGAGCUGUGUCCUUGCACCCACCUUAUGCUCUGUAAACAAUUAGAAAUUGGUGGCUAUCACCAGAUUGUGAAUUUCUGGCCAGUAGCCCAGGUCUAAGCCCAGGUCUACUGUAGACUUUGGGGAUACAAUUCUUUAUCAAAUAUUCAGCAUUAAUGAAGCUUCUCUGCACUGUUUGAUGAACUUUAAGAGCUUGGAAAGGUUGACAGAGUGUGGCACCCAGAAAUAGGAAGACAGAGGCAGGCAGUGUAUUUCUGAGUUUAAGGCCAGCCUGGUCUGUACAAUGAGUUCCAGGCUAGUCUGGGCUAUACAAAGAAACCCUGCCUCAAAAACACAAAAACAACAACAACAAAAAACAAAAACAAAACAAAAGGAAAAACAAACAAAUUAAUAAAAAUAAAAUAUGGUCCUUCGGUUGGCCUAGUACAGUCUAGCUUUGCAACAGUGUGAGACUCUUGGUUCUUAGUGUCUGAUUCUCUUUGGUCUUGAGCUUUUUCUCCUACCUGCUCUCCUAAAGCUGGGUACCAGGAUGCAUUCUAGAGGAGCCAACCUUACAUGAUGCCAGGACUGUCUAAAUGCUCACUAUUUGUACCUGGUAAUAGCCUUCCCUUCCCAGGGCACAGAAAAGCCAAGGGUCACAUGGCCAGAGGACAGCUCCACUAAAUUGACCCACCACAUUCCUAGAAAGCCCUUAGGCCUCUCCUCCACAGGAGUUCAUUGUUGGCCAAAGGGCCAAUGCUUGCGUGGGCACUUGCAAGUGCCACUGUGCGGGGCCUGGCUCUGCACACCCAGGAAAAGUCUGCAGACCCCCAGACCUCCGCAAUAACUCGCCAGACCAGAAGCCACUGAUGUACAGAGAACACUUAUGAAACAAAUGUAUUUUAUGUGAAAAAAAGUUAAAACUCUGUAUACUGUAUCAGCAGCUUUGUGUAAAAAUGGCAAUCAAAAGAGUCUAAUAUAUUUAAAACUUUUUUUAAAAAAAAUUCUCAUGGAUCUUUGAUAUUGUAUUGAAGUAGCUUCAUGCCUCCAAGAUGGGGUCUGACCAUAUCCCCAAGGGGCCUGUGCCCCUGGAGUUACUUCCAGCUGCCAAGGCCUGUGACGGAAUUCGCUGUUAUGGAUUUUUCAUUAAGAUUAUUAAAUUCCUUUUAAUAACACUG